CCUCGUACAUCCUUAGAUCUUGCGACAACAAACGCUACAUUCAAGGAAACAAAAGGCCAACCCUCCUCGUAGAUUCUAUCGAUUCACCAAACGAGACCCGAGAUUUUCUUUGAUUGGCAAGGCUUUCAAUGGCUUCCUCGAGCAAAUUGGCAUUGGUUCUUCUCAUCUCUUCCCUCUUCCUCCAUGCAACUUUAGCCGAGAUCGUGUGCGAGGAAUUGCCGAAGGAUCUGUGCGCGUUCUCGAUCGCAUCCUCGGGGAAGAGAUGCCUGCUGGAGACGUACGCGAACCGGGACGGCGGGGUCGAGUACCAGUGCCGGACGUCGGAGGUCGUGGUGGAGAGGAUGGCAGGGUACAUCGAGACCGACGAGUGUGUGCGCGCCUGCGGGGUCGAUAGGGAUGCCGUCGGCAUCUCCUCGGACGCGCUCCUUGAGCCGCAGUUCACCGCCAAGCUCUGCUCCCCGUCGUGUUACCGGAGAUGCCCCAACAUUGUCGACCUCUACUUCAAUUUGGCCGCCGGCGAAGGAGUGUUUUUGCCGGACCUGUGCGAGGUGCAACGGACCAACCCCCACCGUGCAAUGAUCGAGCUGUUGAGCUCCGGUGCAGCAGCCGGUCCGACGCCUAGCUCGUCCUUGGAUGUCAUGGGCGCUUCUCCGGCUCCGUCGCCCAUGUAAUCUAUCGAUGUAAUCAAGCCAUUCUGCACCUUGUUGCUGGGUAGUACGAUUCGUUGCCUUUGGUAAUUACUGUUUUUAGAUUGCAGAAGAGGAAUUAUUAGCUAAGAAGAGAAUGGAGAGAGAUGUCUACUCUAAAUUCUUUGUAUCUGGGUCGGGCUUGUUGAGAUCUCGUUCAAGAAUGCAUAUAUAUAUAUUAUUUUUAGUUAUUUUUUUUC